AGCCUCAAAAGUCUACCUCCCUCCUUAGCAACCAUGUUAGCAACCAGACGCUCCUGCAUCGAUACAGACUGAUACCAAAUAUUACUGAACCCAAAAGAGACAUUUAUAAAUUAUGGCUGUUAUCAGGGAGAAUAGUGUUAAUUUAGUUUAAUGUGCAAGAUAUUGACAAUUGACACACACGGACUUCAGUGACAAACAUUUACAGCAUUCUGUGGUUAACUAGCUAGUCAGUAAGUGGCACAUCUGUAGAGGCUAGCACAGUUAGCAUCAAUGUGUUGCGACAUUUAGUGCUGUCACUCGCUAACCUCAGCUACUACAGAGUUAUGUUGCAGAGUGAGAAACAAAAGAAUCGUGGUGACGAGGAGGCGGUCAAAAAACUGUGCAUGGUUAAUGGAGUGUCCUAUGAAAAAAUUGCACAAGAGGGGUGCAACAUCAGGUCACUAGAGAUCUUCUUCUCUGGUUUCCCUCGCAUGGUGGGGCUGUCCUUCUUUCCAAGGCUUUGCCAGCUUACCAUAGUGGACCAGAACAUAAAACUCAUUGAAGGACUUGAGUGCUGCCCUCUGCUCCAGGAGCUCUGGAUAGUCCAGUGUCAUCUGACAGAAAUAUCUGGACUACACAAUUGUCUACAACUGCAGAAAUUGUACCUGUAUGACAAUCAAAUCUGGGAAAUAGAAAAUUUAGAAUUGCAGGUUAACCUGGAAGUGCUGUGGCUCAAUAAUAACUGCAUAACCAACAUACAGGGCUUAAACACACUGAAAAACCUGAAGGAACUAAACCUUGCUGACAACAACAUUACAAAAAUUGGGUACAGCCUUGAUCCCAAUGUCAGCCUUCAGAAUCUCAAUCUGUCUGGGAACAAGAUCAGCUCCUUUAAGGAGCUGACCCAGCUUGUGCAUCUACCCCAUUUGAGAGAAUUAGCACUGAAGGACCCCACGUCAACGCCUAACCCAGUGUGCCUGCUGUGUAACUAUGCCACACACAUUCUUUAUCACAUGCCAGGCCUCCAGCAACUCGACACCUACGAAGUCUCCAGCAAGCAAGUCAAGGAGGCAGCUGAGUCUGCUGUAAUGAAGAAAAUGAUGUACUACAACAUGCGUGUACGUACUGCUCAGAGGAACCUGGCUGAGACCCAGCUCAGUCUGAUAGAGAGGAAAAAAACUCUAUUACAGUUACCCGAACAAUGCAACAGGACCCUCAGUCACGCUCUGAAAUGUCUUGAACGUGAGCUCUCCAUGGUGCUGCUUGGUUGCAAGAAGUCUGCCUGCAGGUCCGGGGAUGAACCAGGAGGACCAAACCACCUGGAGGAAGGUUUACCUGAAAGAAGUGACUCAUCCCAUGACAUUGGUCAUGAUCCUGCCAUGGAGCACAAAAUCCUCCAUAAGAUUGAAGCACUGAAGGAAAGAUUGAAGCUGUGGACCAGGCGGAUGGAGGAGAUUGAAGCCUGGUAUGAGCAAGAAUUGGCCAAAGCCACAAACAGGAUGGAAUAUAUGGUGCAGUUUCUGUUGAUGGAGCUUGAAAGUGUUGGAAAUAUCCGUUUAGAGGAGGGCUGCUCCGCAGAUCCCUGGUUUACAUCCUGUUGUGACCUCCUGCUUUCCCGCUUCUCUCCUUCGGAUUACAAGAUUCAGGGCAUCAUUGACAUUAAAAUUGACAGAGUUAUUCGCAUUCACAACAGUGCUUUGAGGCUUCGCUUUGAGGACAGACUUCAUAGCCUGCUACCCAGUGAAGAUUCUGUUUGCCUUUCACACAGGAAUUACAGACGGCGACUGGAGUAUUUAUUCUAUGUGGCUGACCCUGAACAAUGUGAGAAGAAAGAAACUUUGUGCAUUCUGGAGGAAGGCUUCAAAACAGCACCGCAACAUAAGGAUUUAGGAGGAGUGGAGGCUAUACCUUUAUCCAAUAGCUUAAGUGUGACCGAACUACCCAGAGUUGAUUAUGUACUGCGCCAGGCCAACCAGUUCAUUUCUAAGCAAAGUACAGAUACAAUCCCUUUUAGACAUGGUCAGGUUAUUGUUUCCAAAGUGUUUGUGGGUAACAGCACGCCUAUCCGAGACGGAGAACUGAUGGGCAGAAGCAGCUAUCCCAGAGUCUUCUCUGUGUAUUGCAAUGUGGACACUAAGCACAGAUCUGCGAUGAGUGAAGAGAGACCUCACUCCACCAAAACACAUACUGGUCCUGACUGCAAUCCGUGCCGAAGGCAGUGGUUUGUGUUUGAACAGGAGCUUGUCCUGCCCGAGUACAUCAUAUACUUUGAAUACAUCACUAGGGACAAGGAACAACCUACAUUUUCAAGCCACAGCACAAGCAGAGAUACUGCUCCUUCCAGUGACAUUCUCCUGGACCAAGGAGUCCUCAACAUGGAGCCUGUGCUGAAACUGCAGCCCAAGUUGUUGAGCUUGGAUGACACAAUUCUUCUAAACGUGGCCAGAGCCAAUGUCCUCAGUCAGAUCACUAAACUUAACCUUCAUGGCAACAGUCUCAGCAAAAUUAAGGAGAUUUCCAGCCUCACAGCUCUGAGACAUCUUACCAUCAGCUUCAAUAAGUUCACACACCUUGAAGAUAUUUCUCACAUGCCCAACCUUGAGUUUUUGGAUGCUAGCUAUAACCACAUAGAGACUCUAGAAGGGCUGCGGGGGUUGGGACAACUCAAACAGCUCGACGUGUGCUGGAACAAGUUAACCAAAGCCAGAGAGGAGACAUCUGUGCUGAGAAAACACACACCUGCUCUCCUGAAACUGGACACUCGAUUCAAUCCCUGGAACAAGCUAGAGACAGUCAGAAUGACCAUACUGAGCCGCCUCACAACCCUCACACAUCUGGAUGAUGUCCUAGUGGCAGAAGAGGAGGCUGCUGAAGCUGUUCAGAUGGCUGCCGGCUCCAAAAUUAACCAGGCAUCUCUCCUGGCACACUCUCGUACCAACGAAGACCGUCCACGUAGUCUCAGUUUGCUUUCAACAGCGCAGCUCCUACAUCGUUUGAGUCCUGCACCCUGGGGCCUCGGUACAGAGCUGGAGCCAGACUGGACUGCUAAGAUCACCACUCUGAACCUUGACAACCUGAGGAUUUCCAAGCUGAUCAGUCUGAAUAAGCUCGUUAACCUGCGCUGGGCCUCCUUUAAUGAUAACGAGAUCUCCAAAGUGGAAGGUCUUGAAAGCUGCCUGAAGCUGGAGGAGCUCUCCCUAAACAACAACAGCAUCAGCACUCUCAGUGGCCUGGCAAGACUACAGUGCCUCAACAAGCUGAGUGUAGAUGGUAAUCAGCUGUCCAGUCUGGAUGCCUCAGUUCUAGACCAGCUCCCCAACCUGGCUUUUCUGUCAGUGGAGAACAACUGUAUCACUUCCCUGCAUGGCAUCCACAGAGUCCACUCCCUCCUUGAACUCUACAUCGGCAGCAACCAGCUUUCUACUUCAAGAGAUAUCUACUAUCUGAAAGGAUUGGCAAACCUCAUCAUUCUGGAUCUCUGUGGGAAUCCUUUAGUAGAAAAACUGGAAAACUAUCGUAUAUAUGUAGUGUUUCAUCUUCCCUCCCUUAAAGCUCUGGAUGGAUUUGCAGUGGAAGUGAGUGAGUGUGAGAGUGCAAAGAAUAUGUUCAGGGGGAGACUAACCCCUGACAUGAUAGCAGAGAAGCUGGGUCACUCAAACUACACAGAACUCACCUACCUAACCGUUCAAUCCUGCUCCAUUAGGAUGGUUGAUUUGUCUCCAGUGGACCAGUUCUGCAACCUGCACAGUGUCAACUUAGACCACAACAACCUCACAUCCUUCUCGGGCCUCAUCUACCUGCCUAAUAUCAAAGCUCUGUGUUUGAACUACAACCACAUCGAGUCUAUUCUGCCGAGGCAGAGGACUCAGGCUCAGCUGACUAACAGACAGAUACUGUACAACAGAGUCCACUCCAGUGGCUAUGGCCAGCAGAGCCCGUCCAAAGCCAGCAGGGAUACUGGGCCCACUGGCAGCCUGGAGCCACUGAUGGGAAGCCUGGAGGUGCUUCAUUUGAGUCACAAUGGCAUCUCCAAUAUGGCCAAUCUGCAGCUCAGCAGGCUCACCAAUCUUAAAGCACUCUUCCUACAAGGUAAUGAGAUCAGCCAGGUGGAGGGCUUGGAGGGGCUUCACCAGCUCAGAGAACUUGUGUUAGACAGAAACCGGAUCAAAGCGCUGGCCAAGAACUCUUUCACAGCCCAGAACGUCCUACUAGAACUGCACCUAGCAGAGAACCGGAUCCGGGAGCUAAACCAUCUCGAUCCACUGACUGAGCUCCGUAAGCUCUUCCUCGACAUGAACAAACUGCAGGGCAUCACAGAGCUUGACAAAUUGGAAGUUCUUCCCUCGCUGAUGGAGCUCUCUGUUGUUGGCAAUCCUGUGGCCCGUAAUUCUCUCCACAGACCGGCAGUCGUGCUUCGUCUGUCCCAGUUGCAGGUGUUAGAUGGAGUGAUGGUCACUCUAGAGGAAAGGACCAGGGCAGAACUCGUCAGUGCUGAUCAAUCUCAUCCUGGAGCUUCUCUUCCCACCCCUGAAAUUAACCUACCUGGACCGCUGUCUCUCAUGCCUCAUAACAGCACUCUGAGAGUAAUGAGUAUAGGGGGGGACUACAGAACUUCAUGCACGGACAUGAUGUCUUGCCAAGUAAUGUGGACGAGGAUCACUAUACAUAUAAAUUCAAGAAGAAUAAGUACAGUAAUGUGCCUCGAAGUGGCCAAACAGACAUCAACUUCAGACACAGUCGGAGAGCCGGAAGCAAACCGCUCAGCACAUGUCUCCUGCCCGAUGGGAACAGAGUCAUCAUUAUGAAUUCCAAACAGGAACAAGGCAGCAGGUUCCCAAAUGGUGGAAAUCCUCCAACAAUGUAGCAACCAGAAGAAAAAGAAGAGCAUUUAGUGGCAUGAUCAAAAGGUACACAUAUGGCAGCCAUGGCAUACAGCGCACACACACACACACACACACACACACACACACACACACACACACACACACACACACACACACACACACACACACACACAUACAUAUAUUUGAAUGGUGUCAUUGUUGUAAAUUUGCCUUAAUAUCAAAUAGCAUCUGCAUAAGUGAGUUUUGUCUUUGACAUUGCAAUAAAUAAUUUUAUUAUAUGACAUAUUUUUAUAUGUAUACAAAACAGUCUUAAUAAAUUACUUUUGCUGCUCAAUGAAUUAUUCAGUACUAAAACUAAAACUGCAUUUGACUUACAGUAAAUUAGGCUACUUGAUGGGGCAUGUAGUGCACUACUUUCAAAUGCAAUGAAAGUAAUGCACUGACUGUGACUUUAUUUUCUAUCCACAUAUGUGGAUCACUAACCAUGGUAAUCUGAGGAUGAGAGGUUUUGGUGUCAUUUCAGCUGCUAUCCCAUCCUUUAACCCCAAACAAGUAAAAAAAAAAAAAAAAAACACCCACAGAUGUACGGGCGUGUGAGCCUGGCAUGCUGCGUCCAUUGGGUCAAAUGCAUCCCCAACAAGUGGAUAAUCCAGCUUUAGCACACCUCUCUGUGGACAAUAAUCUGCAGUCACUCAGAUAAAGAUGUAAUCUUGAAUAAGGUCCAAAUGGAUUUCAGAGAUUGUCAGCUUCAUCAUGUUAGCCUCUUUUUGAAAGCUCACUGCAGUUUCGCCUCUAACAGGCAAAUCUCGUGUGUUGUAACUGAAAAUGAACCUACUCCACUUGAUGUUUAUUAUGUUAGUUCUGAUGAAUAUUAGAACAUAAUCCUCCCCCCGUGUCUACCAGUUGGUUUAGAGUCCUGCCAGUCUAAAUAUGGAAGAUAUAGGCCAGGCCAGUGAUACUCAAUCCACAUCAACAAAUUAAGGAAAUUGCUUCACACUGGAAAUUGUUAUUUUUUGUUUUUAUGUUUAAUGUAGAUUUGUUUUCAUUCCUCCUACUUAAUUUGAAAAUAUCUAAUUUUGGAGACAGAUAAAUUACAGAUUUUUUUAAUGUUUAUUCAUUUUAUCUGAUGAAGAUUACUGUCAUUUUGCAAAAGUACUAUGUAAGCCAGUAGACUAUCUCUGCCCUCGGCUAUAUUAUGUGGUGUAAUAAGAAUUAAUUGUGAAACUAGACUGAUAAUUAUAAUGUGCAAACAUUUACAUGAAAAAAACAUUAAUAGGUCACCUAUUCCCAUCUAGCAAACAGUGCAUGACUAUUAUAAUGCUCAGUGAAGUAAUUUUCACUUUGACCGUGCAAACCUGUGUUACAUGUCUGCAGAAUGUAUUUUAUGGUUAGAAUGCUGUUUCAUUGGACUGGUACUUAUAUAGAAAACACAUCUAGAAAAGACAGCAGAAAAGUCAGAAAACAGUUGUGGGAAAAGAAUGCUCUUCAUUCCAAACUGUAAAUGAAACUGCAGCAAGAGUAAACACUGAAACAUUUCUUCAUGGAACAUCGCUCUGAGUACACCAGUUUAUAAGACACAAUAUUAGCUGUGGAGUUUGUGAAUCAGUGGCGUUAACAUGACCACUAGGUGUCCUUAGAGCUCUAUUGACACUGCCAAUCAGUAGUUAGUGAAGGUUCCUCUUGCCCUGUAGGCAGUAAUUUAUCAGUUGAAAGGGGAUAUGUGUACUUCAGUUUUGUGUCCCCUGCCUGUGUUGCUUUUGCUGGCAACAGCCUGCUCUACACGGCAAAAGUGAAAAGCUCUCCCCAAACAAGCUCCUCUAAUGCAUGUACUUAACUUCACUUAAUUUGUGUUAAUUCCCGGCAUUAAGCGGGGCUAAUGACUGCGCAAGUGAGUGCACUGUCAUUACCUUGGUCUGCCUGACAUCAAAUGGCAGCUGAUGGAAAAAAAAACCAGCACAGAUUUGGGGGCUCAGUGUGAGUGCUCUAAUGCAUUAGGUAUUGCAGAGGAUAAUUACACAUUUUAUAUUUGUGUACCAUAUGUGCAGUAUGGAUGUUACAAAUAUAACUGCUUUUAAUUCUGCUGUGUGUAGUGUAAGCUUAUAUUGAACAUACCACUUCACACAGUAUGUCUCAGAUCUGCAUAUCUGUCCGUAUUUCUAACAUUAAAAUGACAUUAGCAUAAAAAUUUUGAAUAAUUCAUCACUUCUGAGUGAACCCAGAUGCACUGCUCUCUCCCUCUAUCUCUCUCCCUCUCCUCGCUCCUCCAUGUGAGUAGACCACAUGGUUUGUAGCUGGUUUAAUGGGAUGGAAUGUGACAGGUUAUGUUUUCAUCUGCCUGAUAUGGAGCCCGACUCGGGCGGGAGGAACCGGGAGGGAGAAGGAGAGGCUGAGAAAGAGAGAGAAAAGGGCAGGGGAAAGGAGUUCGUCUCUACAGCUGUAAUCUGGAUUCAUAAUUAGACAUGUUUGUGCUUGUUGUAAAUCAGUUAUAGAUGAUGCCCCCCUCCCCCCGCGGAAUCCACACACACACACACACACAUAGGAAAACACAUGCUCUGUAUGGGGCAAUUACUGCUGGUCCACUAACUCCCUGCAUUUGCUGUGUCUGUGCAUUCAGAGCACCAUUAGUCCAAGACUCUGUGAAUAAUUGCUGAAUGGACCAUGUUUUCGCUGCGAUCUACUCAGCUUCCAGUGUUGGGGAUGAAGUUGGAGGGGUGACGACAUUGAUUGAUGUUUGAUGCUGAAGUUAACACCGCAGUGCUUAUCGAAGCAUUAUGUACUGUAUGUGUAAUGGAUGAACAACAUUACAAUCCACACACGUUAAACAUUUGCCAGCUUGUACUAGGUUUAAAAGCGCUUUGAUAGAGGCUACAAUUUUAUCAACAUCAUCACUUGAGUUGAAAUUGCCGUUAUAAAAAUGAACUAUUCAGCUGCUGAUGACAUCAACAAAAUAUAAAUUAUUUUGUUUUCAAAGGGAACAUAUUAUGUCCCGGGUUUAUUAUUUUUUUUAUCCUCACAAAUACAUCCUCUGUCUUGCCAUAUUGCUUCUCUUGAAAUCUGUCAUUGAGUUAUUGUUGUCGCUUGUCAUUUUCCUGUAAUUUGUUUCCUGUGGAAUAAAGAGCGAAUGGAGAGAGAGUGAAAACACAGAUAAAAGAAUGGAGUGAGAGGUACAAUUAGAAUGAAAAGGAAAAUGCUUUUAUUUUGUGUAGACAUUUUGGAUGAGAGCGAGCCUCACAGAAGCAUUAAAUAUUAACUGCUAUUCA